AUGAGAUUAAGUCCUAUUGCCGCGACUGCUUUGGCAGCAACGGCGUUUGCUAGCUCUGCUUCGGUGUCAGUCACUCCUGCGCCAACCUUGUGCAAGAGUCUCUCGAUAAUAGCAUCUUCUUCGCCAUCUGGAACUUCAUCUACAGCUUCCACAACUUUGUCAGCCCCGUACGAGAGUCUCUCGACAAUAGCAUCUUCUUCGCCAUCUGGAACUUCAUCCACCGGCUCCGGUUCCUCAGUGGCCACCUUUACAACUUCAUCUACAGCUUCCACAACUUCGUCAGCCCCGUACGAGAGUCUCUCGACAAUAGCAUCUUCUUCGCCAUCUGGAACUUCAUCCACUGGCUCCGGUUCCUCGGUGGCCACCUUUACAACUUCAUCUACAGCUUCCACAACUUCGUCAGCCCCGUACGAGAGUCUCUCGACAAUAGCAUCUUCUUCGCCAUCUGGAACUUCAUCCACCGGCUCCGGUUCCUCGUUGGCCACCUUUACAACUUCAUCUACAGCUUCCACAACUUCGUCAGCCUCGUACAAGAGUCUCUCAACAACAGCAUCUUCUUUGCCAUCUGGAACUUCAUCCACCAGCUCCAGUUCAUCAGUGGCUACCUUCACAACUUCAUUUAAAACUUCCACAACCUCCACAACGACUUCCACAACGACUUCCACUUCUUCCACAACAACUGCUCCAAACAAAACUUGUACAGCAGGAGAUACUUCCUCUACCGAUGGUGUUCAAGCUCUCCUAGACUCUACAGGAUGUGUGGACUGGCUGGACAUCAUGUUCUUGAUCCUCCCAGAUGGUGAAACAGACUGGGUGAAUCAAUUAUGGACAACAGUCUUUCCUAACGAAGGCGCAUCUCCUCUCGGAGGAUGUGGUGAUAUCGGCGGUGAUUGCAAUCCUGACACUUUGUGUUCUGAUUACAGUACAGACAUGGCAUACUGGAUUUUCCACGAAAUUAGUAUUCUCCACAGCAAGAUUAAUACUGUCCAUGACAAGCUACAGUGGGAAGGUUGGCUUGACGGUCUUUCGAUAGACCAGAUCGCCAAAGACUUCUCUUCUGUGUCCCCUAGCAAUGAGUGGGCUAAGUGGAUCUCUGCUGCCUUUAGUAUGGCUGGUGGUCUCGCAACUGGAAUCGACCUGAACAAACAACUUCGUGGAAUGAUCGGCUUUGCCUCUGCAGGACUUACAGAUGUCAGUCUUAGCAGUGAGGAUGGAGAUAAGGUCGACACAACUUCGGUGGAAAAUACUCUCAAAAAUAUUGUCGGUGCUGCUGGCAACUAUGUUGCGAGUAUUCUAUCGAAUGCGACAGGAAAUGGAGAUUCUAGCACCCUUCCUAUCUACACUGAUACAACUCUUCAAUAUGCCACGGCGAGGUUCCUUGACGAUAACACCAUCUUGCUGGAUGAAAGGUCGGACAACUCCUCGUUUAUCGCGGCUUUUGAUGGUUUUGCCGAUAACAUAGUGAGUUUGACUUAUUCUACUAUUCACUCUUGA